CUACGUGUCUGGUGAAAAAUAACCCAAAUUAGGAUGUAUUUUUUAGUUUGUAGGAAAGUUAUAGAGUUCACAAACUAUGGUACAUAUCUGAAUAUUGAUCAAUCCUGAAGUACUGGCGGCCAAUCUAAUUUCUUGAGGUCCAAGAAUGUCAGAAUAGUACAGAUAUCCCCCAGAUGACCCCUUUUUGCAGAGUAGACAGUCCGACGUACUUCAUAAGAGGCAUGGCGAGUUUUUUGAAGUUGUAUUUUUUUGUCAAAAUUUUUUGGAAAAUGAAAAAUAUUUUUUUUUACAUACUGUCACCA